GUUAAUAAAAUAGAAGCUGAGGUAGACUGCAGGCCUAAGUCAGGCAUUGUUGUGUUUUCUUCUGUUCUCUCACCAAGGUUUCUGCCAGAAGUUUCUAAUGAGGCCCACACAACUGCAACAAAAGAUGCCUGAAUGGUCCAACCUGACUGCGUACCUGGAGAACUCCCUCACUGGUGUGUUAAAGAACUUCCUCAAUAACUGGGAAAAUAAUGUAACAGCUUCUUCUGAUGCGGAGAAAGACAAUGUCCGAGAUAUCAUAUGUUAUUUGGCAGUGAUGCUUGGUAUGUUUGCAUUCAUCGUAGUCGCCAUACUAGUGAGCACUGUCAAGUCCAAGAGGCAGGAGCACUCCAAUGACCCCUACCAUCAGUACAUCAAGGAGGGCUGGACCGCAGAGAUGCAGCAGAGUGAUGUCAUCUCAAACUUUGCAGCAAAAUAAACCCAUAACUUGCAGUAGAAACAUUAUAAAUAUUCUGUGAUUUAAACCGAAGUCUGUGUUGUAAAAGGGAUAAGAUGUG